AAAAGAACCUGAUUAUUGAAUUACGUCAAUUACUUUGGAGUAACGUUUCUGAUCAUCACGGAUAGGAUUCAUUCAGUGGAUGCAUUCAGUCGGGGAAUCUGUCAAGAUUGUGGAGAGUGCACUGGAACAGCAAUGGACAGGAGGAUAUCCUGAAAUGGCCUCCACUAAUGGCUUCAAGAAGGAUUUAAUAUCAUUUGUUCACACCGGUGACCCGCACUUACCGCAACCUCGUCAAAACACGUUAAACCAUCCCUCCGACACAAUCAGAAGAAAAUACAUUAAUUAAUGAAAUUAGAGUGGCCUAAAGAAGCUGAGUCAAAGCUGGCAUGCUGCCCCAGAUUCCUGCCUCUUUUACCCAAUAAACUUCAGUGUCACCACAGAGGCAGUCUGCCUCAUCACCCUCUGCCUGCUUAUUAUUUAUCAAACUCUUUAAUGUGGCAUCAGAAAGCAGCAACCAUGUACUUACUGGUAAUGUCUGUAAUGCAGGCCCUGUGGGUGAGUUGGUGUCAUGCCACGCAACAUUAUCCAGCCUCAUGGGGGCACUAUGAUGUUUGUAAGUCACAGGUAUACACGGAGGACCGACUGGCCUGGCACUACAUGGCCUGCCAACCUGAAGCCACUGACAUGACCAAAUACCUGAGAGUAUAUUUGGACCCACCCAACAUCACCUGUGGAGACCCACCUGAGAUGUACUGUGCUCUGGAAAACCCAUAUAUGUGUAAUAAUGAAUGUGAUGCUGAGACUGAGGAGCUGGCCCACCCACCCGAGCUCAUGUUUGACUCUGAAGGACGAAACCCUACAACAUUUUGGCAGUCGACCUCCUGGAAGAAAUACCCAAAGCCCCUUCAAGUCAACAUCACACUCUCCUGGAACAAAACAAUUGAACUCACAGAUGACAUUGUCCUUACCUUCGAGUCUGGCCGACCUGAGCAAAUGGUGCUGGAGAAGUCACUGGAUUACGGUCGUACAUGGCAGCCAUACCAGUUUUAUGCUGCUGACUGCUUGGAUGCCUUUACGAUGGAGCCAAAGGCAGUGCAUCAACUUACCCAAAGUAGCAUGCUAGAUAUCAUCUGCACUGAGGUCUAUUCAACAGGCUAUGUGUGGAAGUACGACAAAACUGUACGCUUUGAGAUCAAAGACCGCUUUGCCCUGCUUGCAGGCCCAAGGCUGCACAACAUGGCUUCUCUGUAUGGACAACUGGAUACCACCAAGAACCUGAGAGAUUUCUUCACCCUCACCGACCUUCGCAUCAGACUUCUACGGCCGGCCACUGGAGCCACUAUGGUGGAUGAGAACAACCUCUCUAGAUACUUCUACGCCAUCUCGGACAUCAAAGUGCAGGGCAGGUGCAAGUGCAAUCUCCAUGCCAACAGCUGCGUGUUCGACAAAGGGAAGCUGGGUUGCGAGUGUGAACAUAACACCACAGGGCCAGAUUGCGCCCGCUGCAAGAGACACUACCAGGGCCGAGCCUGGAGCAUGGGCUCCUACCUACCCAUCCCCAAGGGUACUGCCAAUAUCUGUAUCCCAAGCAAUCUUGGCACUUCUGUUCGGCCAAAUGCUUCUUCACUUGGAGCAGCAAACCGAAAUCAAGCUAGAGUGUGUGACAACAUUCUUUUGCGCUGUCAGAAUGGAGGUGUGUGUCACCACCACCAGCGCUGCCUGUGUCCAGCGGGUUUCAGCGGCAUACUGUGUGAGAAGACCCAAUGCCAGGGUGACUCCUGUGAGGAGCUGCAGUCCAGCCAGAGAGCUCUCUGUCCCCCACCCAUGGCUCAGAUUCUCCCACUGGCUCUUCUAUCACUCAUCUCCUCCCUGCUUGCCACCCGGGGCCUCACAUCACUCUGAGGGAGACAUUCGUGCCCCAAAGACAUUUGCCACAGGAAUUCUCAACCUGGCUUCCUGUUAGAGGACACAAGAUGGCUGAAAAGAAACGCUCCCUGGCAACAAAUGAGAAAAAUAAUCUUCUUUUUUUUUUUUAGGAAACGUCAAAGUUUUCUACUCAAUACUAUGUGUCAAUUAAAGUUUGCCAGAGAUGAUGGAUAAACAGAAGAGAAACUGCAAGGAGAAAUUUAUAAAAACAACUCUGACACUCAAUCUUCGUCUUUGUUACAAAUGUUAGGAAAGAAAUUGAAUAAAUACACUGGUACACUGCUCUGAAGCCAUUCAUCAGAUCUCCAAAAGCUUUGUAAAACUCUGCAAUAAAUUAUUUGGAGACAAAUCAUCAAUGUCAAGAUUAAACAUGUUCUUCUAGACUGACAUGUACUGUAAAUGGAACCAAACCCUACCAAACUGACUUUCAGAGUUCUCACACUCAAAUUUUCCCCCAACAUUUCUCUUCUUACUGUAAUUCUGUGAAAUCAUGUAAAAGUCCCAUCUUCUGUUUUGACCAAUGUGGUAUUGGUGGGAUUGAUGUAUGUCGCACACACACACACAUACACACACACACACACACACACACACUACUCCAGCUCUAAGAUGUCUGAAAGCUUGACCAUAGAUCUCUAAGUACCAUGGUAUUACCUUGAGUUUUUGGACAUAAGAAAAUAAGAAAAACAGAACAAGAGGAAAGACCCUGGCCAACGUGACUUUUUGCACUGAUAAAACCUAUAGAAUUUUAGGCAAGUCUUGAUAUGUUUUAUUAAUGCCCCAUUGGAGUUACAUAUUACUGUUCAGUUGCUAACCAUUUGCUUAAAACAUAAGUUUACAUUCUCACCGAAUGAACUGUACAAGAAGUUAUGUUUGUGAAUUAAAGAUGAAAAAUUACUGUUGGUUUAUUGCCAGUUCAUUACCUAAAAGCAACAGGCACAAACCAAAUCCUCAUACAGUAGCAGCCUGCUUUUUUUCAUGAGCUCUUGGCAAUUGUGAAAAUGAAGGAAAUGUGAAUUUCUGAAGAAAAUGUGUAAUACUACACAUUUCCUUACUAGACACAGUUAUAUUCAUUGCAACAUUCAACUGCCAAAGUAUAUCACAUUUUUAAUUCAGACUUCAACAAAAAAUGUCUAAUUCUGUCACAUUUUGCAUGGUUACAACAAAAUGUAUCACAGUGUGCACCUUCAUUAUGCAUUAUUAGCUGUCUAAAGCAGGUCUUUGUACCCUUCCUACACUGGUACUAUUGGCACUUAGCAAUUAGCCAACAUAUAGUAAAGGCUGAAAUAUGGAGAGAUGUUUUGAUGAAGUACACUGAUUAGUAUUCCUUUAACUCAACUGGUAGAACAUGGUGCUUAGCAACACCAGGGUCAUGGGUCUGAUGGACAUUUUUCAACAUUUGUGGGUUUGGAAUGCAGAAGAAAACUAUAGUGGGGUAAACAUGGGUGAUCAUAGCAAAUAUUAUUUUUUGCUCUCAUUUGCUCCAACACCAAAAGUAAAAGAAAAAAAUGGAUUUACACUGCUAAA